AUGUGUCCUUUCCGGAUAGCCAUUAUCUCUGUUAUCUGCAUAGCCGUUGCCUCAGGUCAUGUUCACGGGCCUAGGAGAUCACGCGUCAUAGAUUUAGAGGAUUACACACAAAAUGAAAUCGAAAGCGGAAGAGCUGACGAGAGCUCGUGGUGGCCUGCAGCAGAAUUCACCGUUUUACAGAAGCUUUAUGACGAUUGCAGUGCACAGAAACAGUUCACGAUGUGUAUGAAGGGCAAAGCUCUGACAGCGCUCACUAGGGCUGUAGAGCAGGAGAGCGUUCAGCUAGCCGAUGGUCUCACGUUGGUGAAGCAAGCCGACGCCCCCUCAGCGAUGUCUGAGCCUCGAUUCUUCCCUGGAAUGUCGACAGAAGAUAAGCUUGAUACUAUGUUGCGUAACAAAUUUCUACAGUUGAUGAAUACCCAUACCAUUUCUAUGGAUCUCGCUUCAGAAGGAAGAGGAAGAGGUAAAAAGGUCCUGCCUUACUUACUGCUUGGCAUCUUUACGACUGUGAGCAUUGUUGGAGGCAUGGCAUUGAAGACCCUAGCAGCAAUUGCAGGAAAAGCUCUGAUCGCCAGUAAAGUAGCCCUCACUAUUGCUGGCAUCAUUGCACUCAAAAAACUGUUUAGCCACGACGGAAGUAAUGGUGAAACUACAUUCCAAGUUCACGCAGAUGGACACCAUAGGCGAAAUCUAUAUGUGGUGAGGCCAGCGAAUCCCGACCUGGUGGAUCCGUAUCGGUAUUAUGCGGAGCAGACGACUACGAGCGCGUAG